UGAAAACAGGAGAGACGUAGCUUGAGCUUGUCGAGAGUUGCGGCGUAGUACCCGAAAAUGGAGCUCUGUACUGCUCGAACCUUCUCGAAUCUUCCACGCCACACACUCUUCUCUGCAAACCAAACUCGCCUCCGAUGGAAAACCUCUCUCCCUAUCAACAAGAAUUCGUCAAUCCCUCCCAUCAAUCGAGGAUUGAUUUAUUAUACCAAGUCAUCUCUAAAACCAACAACAUCUGAAGAAACAUCAACUGAAGCAAGCCAGUAUGUUGAAAUAGAACCAACUGAGAAUAAUGCAUAUGAUGAAAUGAAAAAGGAAGCACCUAAAGAAGAUUAUCCCAUGGAUGGGCAAACGUUGAGCUUUGACUUCUUAGAUAAGCUUGAUAUAAAGCUGGACUCCAAAGAUUCAUAUUCAUAUAUAAUACUUGGUGGUGGUGCCUUAGCUUCUCUGUGGUUAGUGACAGCCGUUGUUGGUGCCAUAGAUUCUAUACCCGUGUUCCCUAAGUUGAUGGAAGUCGUGGGUCUUGCUUACACACUCUGGUUCACCUCGCGCUAUCUCAUCUUCAAGGAGAAUCGGGAGGAAUUGGCUGCCAAGAUUGAAGAGAUUAAGCUGCAGGUUCUUGGUUCAAGUGGCGAUUGAUGCCGGGACUCAUGGAACUACCAUCUGGGCUAUAUGAUGUUAGCCAUGCAAAAUCAUAAAAUGUUAUUCUAGUUGAGCUGUUGGCAGGUUUUCAUGCCAAUCUGUGAAUAAAUAGAAUUUAGAGGCGAAGUGCUUUAUUGUUUUGCAUUUAGAAAUGAAAGUCAUGACGAUGAUAUAUAUUUACUUAAA